CUCUCUUCCCCUUUCAAUUCAAAACACAAACCUAAAAACAAAACUCAAGGAUCCCCAAAUUCAACCUUCUCUUUCUCUCUCUAAAAUUCCCCAAGCUUUCUCUCUCUAACCAACAAUGGCGGUCUCAGCAAGGGAAGAGAACGUUUACAUGGCGAAACUCGCGGAGCAAGCCGAGCGUUACGAGGAGAUGGUGGAGUUCAUGGAGAAGGUUGUUUCAGCGGCGUCGGAAGGCGAGGAACUCACCGUUGAGGAGCGAAACCUUCUCUCUGUUGCUUACAAAAAUGUCAUCGGAGCUCGACGUGCUUCAUGGCGGAUCAUCUCUUCGAUUGAGCAGAAGGAGGAGAGUCGUGGCAAUGAAGACCAUGUCUCUGUUAUUCGCGAUUACAGAUCUCGCAUUGAAAAGGAGUUGUCUGAUAUUUGUGACGGUAUUUUGAAACUUCUGGAUACUAAGCUUGUUCCUGCUGCUAGUAAUGGUGAUUCUAAGGUGUUUUAUUUGAAGAUGAAGGGAGAUUAUCAUAGGUAUUUGGCUGAGUUUAAGACUGGUGCUGAGAGGAAAGAAGCCGCUGAGAGUACUCUCACCGCCUACAAGGCUGCUCAGGAUAUUGCAAAUGCCGAGCUUGCUCCUACUCAUCCUAUUAGACUUGGAUUGGCUCUUAACUUCUCUGUGUUUUACUAUGAGAUUUUGAACUCUCCUGACAGAGCUUGCAAUCUUGCAAAGCAGGCUUUUGAUGAAGCCAUAGCUGAGCUAGACACCCUAGGAGAAGAUUCGUACAAAGAUAGCACUUUGAUUAUGCAACUUCUUCGUGACAACCUUACUUUGUGGACAUCGGAUAUGCAGGAUGAUGGCGCUGAUGAGAUCAAGGAGGCUCCCAAGCAGCAGAAGGCGGUGAACAACAGUAAGAGUGUCUUAACGUUGGAAUUAGGGUUUAAACCUUCUCCAUAGUGGUUUUUAAAAGGAGAAGGGUGCUUGUUUAUGAUUUUAGGGGUUUUUCUCAUUCUGAACAAGUAUUGCUUUGAUUCAACAUUGUCAACUUGGGUGAUGUCUAUGAUUGCCAUUCUUAUAUAUUAAUAUGGCAAAUCUGUCUGCCUCUAUUUUCUUGUGUAGUUUGAUUUGAAGUGGCUUCAAUCUCCUCUGGUACCUACUAAUGUUUACUUUAUUUUUGAGGUUUGUGGUCCAAGUGCAAUUAAUGCGAUUCCUUAUAGCAAUGUAGCUGUGGAUUCCUA